AUGGAGUCCCGAUCCACGACCAAGUCGGUCACCCAGAGACGAGUCUAUGGCAAACGCAGAGCCAAUACGCCGAGAGCAGUGUUUGACCAGGCUAGCCCAGCUAGAAAUAUCACACCAAAAAAGGCCGAAAAUGUUUGUAUCGAUGCGGUCGAAAGCCUGGAAGCGAAACUGGCUCGAGUAACCAUCGGUGAAGACCAGGCCUCCCAACCCGACGAGAAGACUGAACGUGAAGAAAAGGGGGAAUCCAAGCAAAAUCAUCCGUUAUCUGACACCAUUUCGGAGCAAUCGAGUCCUUGUCCAGAAACGGAGUCUCCGGACAUCUCGGUCACGCCAUCCAUCGAAAGCACCCCAGAAUGCCCAGAAUUGAAGCAAUUUGAAUCGAUGAUAGAGGUCAGGAUAUGCAAAACUGCCACAGCUGAUUCUUCAGACGCCACCUCAGAGUCUGCUAGCGGGGACCAAGGAAAGAGAAACGCAGCGGAAAGGAAAGCCCCACGAAGGAAGAUCUCUGUCUCUCGACGGUCAUCAGGGAUUGUUCAUGACAACAAAUUCAAUGAUUAUGUUCGCUCAAUUCUUGACGAAGCACUGGCUCCAAUUGCUGCGCAAAGUAUCCAAAAGUUCAGCUCAUGGGCCUCCCGGUCUGCAAACAUGUUCGACGUUGCAAAGCUAGCCGAGGGCUCCUAUGGUGAAGUAUACAAGCUUCAUCUGCGCGAGGAAGCCUGUCGACCAGUGGUAUCAAAAUCCAAAUUGGCCAAAUUGAAAUCAUAUGGCGAUGGAGUCUUCAAGGUCGUACCUCUGCGAGCCAAGAGUGGUCCCGGAUCCAAGAAAUUCACUAGUAUUGAUGAAAUUGUCGCUGAAGUGAAAAUGUUGAAAUACCUUGACCCAAUUCCUGGGUUUGCGCGUUUCAGAGAAAUUCAUGUCGUUCAAGGCCGUUUCCCAGAGUCAUUCCAGAAUGCUUGGGACCACUAUAAGAAAACCAAAGAUGACUGCAUGAACCCUAACCCAUCCAACAAGAGGGCAUACCCUGAUACCCAGCUUUGGGCAAUCAUCGAAAUGGAUGAUGCAGGAUGUGAACUGGAAAAAUUCGCUUGGUCCUCGAUUUUCCAGAUCUAUGAUAUUUUCUGGGGAGUCGCCAUGGCUUUGGCACGUGCUGAGGAGUACGCCCUCUUUGAGCAUCGAGAUCUGCACUUGGGCAAUGUUUGUAUCCGCUCUACUCGACGGAAUGGCUGCAUGGAUCCUCCCACUGAGCAGGACAUUACGAGUCAGUCGUGCUCGAGUGGCUUUGGAUUCAGUUCUAUCGAAACCACCAUUAUCGAUUACUCCCUCUCUCGAGCGGAGUUGCGGUGGAGCGACGACCCCAAUGGACCGAUUGAGGUUGCAUCGUCGGAUUUGGACAAGAAACAGUUGUUUGAUGCUGUUGGUCAAGAUGAGGAUGAAAUUAUGCAACGAAACACCUACAGAUAUAUGCGCGCAACGCUUUACACUGGGGACCCAGCAGAAACGGGAAAGCCAGCAGAUAUUCCAGGAAUUUGGGCUGAAUACUCCCCACGCACAAACCUUGUCUGGCUACUCUUCCUGCUCCAAAGUCUCUUCAAGAACCGCAAGCCUGAACCAGCGUUUGAUGUUCCCCAGCGAAAGGCUCUCGCGCCUUGUUCGCCAAACAAGAAAACAAUCAAAGCUGAAAUAGCCAAUGGAAAGGAUCAGAAAGUGGCUAGCUCCUUGGUCAAAGAGCAACAGACUCAGGCCUGUAUCUCUCGUCUCAAGUCGACACUAGAGGAUAGGUUGAAGUCCGUCCUUAAACUUCUUGACUUGGAACAUGGCCACGAAGAUAUGUGCUGUGCUGCUGAUUUGGUGGCAUAUGCCAUGGACUCGCAAUGGCUGGGAGAAGAGGAUUUUUUCUGA